GUAGGUCUAUGCGUGGGGCGAGAAGAAAAUUCUUCACUGACGGUAAUGGAGGACAAUACAGAAAGACAUUUUCAAAGACCUACUCACUAGGAGGACAACAGAAAACAGUGUAGACAGGCAGAGAACAAAAUGGAGACGGAUGAAGACCUUAGUACACAGAAACUGUCCUCUGUAAUCAUGGCCCUUGAUCCGAUCAGCACGUCAUAUGAAAGACCAGAAGCAAUCAUCCGGAUCUUUUUGUGCGUGCUUGUUUUUUACGUGCCCGUCAUCAUCGUCACCAACGUUCUAGUUAUCGUCACCGUAUAUCUCGUGCGGAAACUGCACACCCCGGACAAUUACGUCAUCGCUGGACUGGCUUCAGCAGAUUGUCUAGUGGGAAUUUGGAGCCUUCCCUUAUAUAUACUGAGCGAUAUCCCACAAACGAUGCCCCUUAUAAGAUCAAAGAGGUGGACCUGCGCCAUGAGGUAUAUCGCUUUUACUGUAAGCCAAGAUUCCUCACUCUCCAUUCUCACCUUAAUGUGUGUUGACCGUUUCACUUCCAUCAACUGGCCCUUCUGGUACCAGAUGCAUGUGACUAAUAAAGCUAUGCUUGUGGCUAUAUCUGUCAUCUACACUGCACACACGACGAAAGCCUUAGUCGUUUACGGUCUUCUGAUGCGAUUCGACGAAACUAUCGAACCAUUACACAACCGAUGUACUGUUCUUAACAACGCCCCGCAUUUUUACAUUCUACAAUUCUGUACAGCUGAGCUAGGACUCCAGCUCUCUGUGUCUUUCUGCCUGUGUGCGCAAGUUUCUCUGACGGCAUUGAGGGAAGUCAGAAAGUUGAAACGAGAGUUUCACGUUUUGGGAAUAAGCGGAACGUUCAGAUCUAAAAGCUAUCGGAGCCGAAUGACAAAUGUGAAGAUAACGGUGUCUUUAAUGUUCAUCUUUAUUAUUCUCUGGUUGCCGACUGCAUUCGGGGGUGUAAUGAGCAAGCUAGUCAGUCGGCGAGUUGCCAACAUAUACAGGAUCUCAACACGCCUACCCAGAUUGGCCAACUCUUUUUUAAAUGCUGUGGUCUACGCCUUUUCUAAGGAUACAUACAGAAAAGCCUACUGGUACCUUCUGACCACGCCACCUUACCGAUGGGCCAGGUUAGAGGAAAUGAUGAGAAGCAGUGAAGCAUUUUCAAGCAAUAUGUUAGCAAGCAAGCUCCGUAAAACCACCAUGGAUCUGGCAUCUACGUCACAAAGAAUAGUCGUUGGUACAGAAGAUUAAUUAUAUGUCACAGAAUGACAUGCUGGCAAAUAGACAAAAGUAAACUUCAGCUUUUUAUUUUUUGUUGAAAAUUUUGGACAAGUGAGGUCAAACCUGAUUCGUCAUGAGGUGAUGCCUGAAAAACAAUUACUAAUUCAUCCUACAUUAAGAAUGGAAGUCUGUGGGAGGAGGGGUGAAAAACACAUUAUAAUCGAUAACUGUUAUUUUUUUUUUACAUGAAUUUCUGCCUUUGAUCCCGUAACGAAAAAAGCAGCUUGUGGCUGGUUGUGACAGCACUUCAUUUUGUAGUCUUCGACACAAACUAGAAUGUCUGUUUCUCUUUGUUUAUUUUGUUGUUCAAAAGUUCGAAUAAAAGCUUAAAACCUUUCUUAAAGACAUGGUUAAACGCAACGAUAAAGAGU